UUUUUCUUCUUUUUUUUUUUAGAACAGGUGGGAGUGCGCAGGUAGAACAAAAGGCAAGUCAUGGAUUUUGACAGUAAACGCCAUGUUCUUGGGAGAAUAGAUGAAGUCGUCAGGAGACAGUCAGCAGCACUGAGGUUUUAUGAGUUAACAAGCAGUGACCGCGUGCUUCCGCAACCCAGCGGGUCAGCUGAUUCAAGCGGCACGCGGAAACAGUAAAAGCCAAUUGUAAAGCACCAGAAGAACCUGCAAAGCAACAGCCGCCACAUUCACAGGAAUCAAUACUGGAUGUCAACAACGAGGACGUCAUGGCUCAGAGGGAGUCACCGGUCGUUUUAAAUGGGACUCAAAUAUCAUACAUUGGACAAGACUCUAAAGACAUCCCCCACUUUCUUGGAGAGACGUACGGCAAGUUUGCAAGACGACUGGAUCUGAGCUUUAAUCAGCUCAGGUCGCUGGCAGGCCUCAAAAUGUUUACUGAGCUGGAAGAGUUGGUCGUCGACAACAAUCUGCUUGGAAAUGACCUCCAGUUGCCCAGGUUACCCAAGCUCCACACCCUGACACUCAAUAAGAACCAACUGACUGAUAUCGAGGCCCUGCUGGAACACUUAGCUGAUGUGACCCCAUCGCUCGAGUACCUAAGCCUACUGGGAAACGAGGCCUGCCCCAACCAGCUGGUGAGCCUGGAUAAGGAUGAUGACGACUACCAGAGAUACAGGUACUUUGUACUUUACAAAUUGCCCAGGCUGAAGUUUCUGGACUCCAGGAAAGUAACAAAAAAAGAACUGAUGGAGGCACAGGCGAGAGGGGCGUUCAUGAAAGUGGUGAAGCCAAAGUCGGAAGAAAUGCCUAACGAGGCAGGAUUAGAGAAUCGCCCAUUGUCCUACACACCUCUGCCUCAAGGAUCCAGAGAUGCCAGAAACCACAAAGCAUUUCUGACAUCCCUCCUCUGGACAGCACAGAAAGAACCUCUCUUUCCUCCUUUCAGUCGCCUGCACCCACCAUGUCACCUGUGUGGAAGCCCCAGAGCCUGGGUGCCAGAGGUAAUUACAGCAGCAACAAGCUCUCAGAGCAGGGCAGCACUGGCAGGUCACUGCCCGAGAGAGAGGGGUAGAAACCAUGGCCACAAGUCUUGUCAUGAUUGGUGAAGGAAUCAACCUGGAGGAGUUAAAAUAAGGCAACAGAGACAAGAGCUGACGGGUAACAGAGGAAAGGUGAUUUUGGUUUGGUUAUAGACUCAAAAGUAUACUUUUUCAUCGCAGAAAAUAAUUGGAAAAAGGCAAACAAGAAAAGUCACAAAGAAAAGGAGCAUUAAAUGUUGAAGAUUAGACAUUAAGAUAGAGAAAACUAGACAAAAAGACAAAGUGAAGGAGAAUGGGGGGGCUUUAGUGUACUUUGGUGAAAGCGUGACAUAGAAUCCAGUACACAGUCUGGCAGAGGGGCCUGAGGAUCUUCCACUACUGUCACCUUGACUCUAACUCUUGGUGCUGGUCCAACUGCCAGCUUAACUCUAAAUCUAGCUGUAGAAAAUGGAGUCUCUGCCUCUGAGUACACUACGCUUACACAAAGAAUGGUAUGUACCGUACAAUUAACCCACGGUCAAUGACACAGCAUUCUUUUCUAUUUCCAUGGUAUCCUUUUUUUUUUGUUUUUAAUCUGGCUAUUUUUAUUGGAUACCACAUAAGGAACAUGUGCCUUUCUUCUCCAUUUGUAUUUGGGCUUGUUGUUUGCAAUGGAUGUUUUCAUAUUCAGAAUACAAAUAACAAAACAUAUUCAAAUAAAAUAAAAUAAAAAAAAAACAUGAGAGUAAUGAUGUUCCAACGUUUACAUGGAUAAAAGAAAAAAGAAAUGCCAUCAGAAGGUAGUCUUCAUGAGUAAACAUUCAAGAGGAAACUUUGAGUAUGUGGUUAUUAAUGUAUUUUUGUAAUAAAUGUAUCUAUGGACGUCACAGAAGUUUUGUUUAAAAGCAGUGGACAGUUUCUUAAUUUCAAGAUGUUUUUAUCAUCUGACUUUACAAUAUAUUUUACUCUUAAAAUAAGAUCAAUUAUAUAGAUCUAACUAAAGGUGUAAAUGCAAUUAAAUCUUUCACUUGUUCUAUGAUACCAGGCCCUAGUCACAACCUUUUUAUUGAUUUUAAAUCACUUUUACUCAGGGCAUAUUUCUGUAGUAAGAGUAUUAAAUGGAAUAAACAGACAAAGAUUCUCUGAAAUUUGUCUUGCAAUACAAGCGUAGGGCCCUUUUAUUCCUGUUGUUCUUGGUCUCCUUUGAGCUACUUUAUAUGUAUGUAUCUUAAAUGUGCACAAAUGGUUUUUUUUUGUUUUGUUUUUUUUUCUAAUCUCAAGAAGAAAACUGUGUUUAAAGAGGGCAGAAAACAGAGGAAAAAUAAACUUCCUCCUGACGACACCCAUGGGGCACCUCACAUUUCUUUGAAAGUUGGAUUUUAUUGCACAUCGACAGUUAUCCACGCCAAAAACUCCAGCAGAACCUCACUUUUGCAUUGUCAGAACCCUUCCCCGCCGAAAAAGAAAAAAAAAACAUAAAAUAAAACAAAAAAAUGGAGCGACGGGAACAUAUCCAAGCAAAGAGCAAACUGCUUUACAGUUGCUGCACAACAAAUAAACAAACAUCUGGAAGCAUUCAGAGCACCCCAUUAGAAGGGCUCUGGGCUUUGCCAAAAAGGGGUAAAUGAUGAGGAAUGGGCUGUCAAGAGGCUCGUGGAGACAGGGGAGAGGCCAGAUGAUGGAGCUGUGGGUGUUAAGCACUGCCUUUUAGAGCUCAGCUGGGCUCAUAGAGAUCUACACCUGCUGCUAUCUCCUCCUCCCCUUCUCUUCUGCACCAGACAUCUGGAUGGGAUACAUGACUAAUGGAUGACUAAACUGCUCAUGUUGAAACUUAGUUGUCAUUAUGAAGAGAAAGGUUGUUGGUGUGACAGAUGACUCAAUGUUAUUUCUUAAUGCGAUAAGUGAA